GUGGUGUCGUGGACCUUUAACAGUUCCUUCUGUUUUCAAAUUACAUGGUAGAAAAAAUCUCAAUCUUAAUCCAGACCUGAUUAAUUAUGUCCUCUUAGAUCGAAUUACUACUUAAGCUAAUUCCUUUUCCUCCCACAAAUGGAAGUCUCAAGUUUCUCAAAAUUAAACACUCAUUACUUUCCUUCUUCACCAUCAUCAUCAGCUUGUAGAUCGGAUUCGUUGUUGCUAUUCAAUAGAAGACAUUUUCAAUGUCGUCAAUCCUGUCUCUCUACUCAACCAAUCAGAAUCAAAACAAUAUUAAGAUUAAAAUCAUUUUCUCCCGCUAAAAAUCGAUUCAAGGUUUCAUCAAGCCAAAGUAAAGAAACUCCAGUAUUAGAGGCCAGGUAUAUCGUAGGCAUAGCUGGUCCACCUGGUGCAGGAAAAUCCACUGUAGCAUCUGAAGUAACUCGACGAAUAAAUAAGCAAUGGCCACAAAAGGCGUCUGGAGUUGGUAUAGAUGCAGUUAAUCCUCCAGAUUUUGCUAUUGUGCUUCCCAUGGAUGGGUUUCAUCUUUUCCGUCACCAGCUGGAUAAAAUGGAGAAUUCUGAAGAAGCUCAUGCAAGGAGAGGAGCCCCAUGGACAUUUGAUCCAGAAUUGCUAUUAAAAUGUCUCAGGUCUCUAAGAAUCGAGGGAUCAGUUUACGCUCCAUCCUUCGACCAUGGUGUUGGAGAUCCAAUAGAAGAUGAUAUAUUUGUGACCCUUCAGCACAAGCUUGUGAUUGUAGAAGGUAAUUAUUUGCUUUUGGAAGAAGGUGCUUGGAAAGAAGUUUCUUCUGUAUUUGAUGAGAAGUGGUUCAUUGACAUUGACAUUGAUACAGCAAUGCAAAGAGUACUAAAGAGGCAUAUUUCAACAGGAAAACCUCCAGAUGUCGCUAAAUGGCGGAUUGAUUAUAACGACCGGCCCAAUGCAGAGCUUAUAAACAAGUCGAAAAAGAAUGCAGACCUGAUAAUCAGGUCGGUGGAUUUGUAGUUAUGAAUGCCAUGGAAUGAUUAAAAGAAAUAAAUCAAGGAAGAGAACUAUCUGAUUGUAAUUAUUCAUAAAUGGAUGAUGGAACUAUUCUUCCCCAUGUCAUGGUAAAUCAUUUGUUCUUCAGUGUAACCUAAACAAAAAACAAUAAAGUAGAUUAGCACUAAGCACAUUGCAGUAAUUUUCCAUCUACAUACCCGAAAACCAUCGUCUUUACCCCACUA